UGGGAUGGGCUGGUUAUGGGUUUUGAGCCCAAGAAAGAAAGCUUUGCUUUCUCAAAUGGAAAAGAUUAUAUUCUGUGUACUUCGUUGGUUAGCUCAGCUGAAAGUCUCAGACGAAAAACACAUACCAUGGAAUCAAAGAACAAAAUUAUGGUUCUGGGUUUUGCUUUCUUAGCUGUAUUUUUAACCUCAGGUGUCAAAUCUUGGACUGGUGAGAUUCAUGGCAGGGUUGUCUGUGAUGUUUGUGCUGAUUCUUCUAUUGGUCCUGAAGAUCAUGUUUUAGAAGGUGCUGAGGUUGCUGUUCUUUGCAUCACAAAAUCUGGGGAAGUAGUAAACUAUCAGGCUUUUACAAACGCUAAGGGGUUAUACACCGUUGCUGAAACGAUGCCCGAGAGUGACCGUUGGGAUGCAUGCUUGGCCCGACCUAUCAGUAGUUUCCAUGAUCGCUGCAACCGUCUCGGACACGGCAGCACCGGGAUCAAGUUCACCUAUAACCGUCCGUCGGGUCAUUUUCACACUAUCCGACCUUUCGUGUAUCGACCCUCCACCAGUCCGACGUACUGCAUUUAAACAGUUGGUUGAUUACUGUUCUUGAGUUGCAGCCAUGAAUGUCCCACACAUAACCAAAUGAAAUUAAUGAUCUUUAUGUUUGCAACUUAGCCUCUGCAUCUUAGUCCUAUCAGGAUGUAUAAGGAUUCAAUAUCUGUAAUUUAUUCUAAUAAUUAAAUUUGAUUAUAGAUAUUAAUUUAUAAGAUAUCGAUUUUGAAUUAUUA